UAUUAGGUUCUAGGUGUCUGGUUCCUUCUGAUGGCUAGUUCUUAGUUAUUCAAAAAUUAUUUGUUGUUUCAUAAAUGUGCCCUAAAUAAAAUGAAAUUUUUGUUGGUUUGUGUGUUGUUAAUACAGACGUUUAGUUCCGUUAAGUUGCAGUAUAGCAAUCCCCUCAAAGAUCCUUUUACCUGUGGGCUGCCAUCAUGUGACACAAGGAACAAUAAAUUUAAAUACCAGUCAGGCCGAUACCAAACCUAUAAGUAUUCGAUCGAAGCCAGGAGCAUAUUUAACGGAACUAGCAAAAAUGAAUCCACGCUCUUCAUCGAUGCUGAUGUGACUCUUAAUUUUCUUACGCCCUGCGAUGGCUUGCUGACCCUUUCGGAAGUAGCAUUAAGCGAAAUUGGCCCCAGAGACAACGCGGAGGAGCCAGCUUCGCCUAAUAGUCAGCUAUUUGCGGACAUGAUAAGCGAACACAGCAUUAGGUUUGCCUUUAGCGAUGGUAUUAUCUACGAGAUAUGUCCGCCGGAAGAGGAAAAAGUCUGGCCCUUAAAUUUCAAACGAGGAAUUUUAUCCAUGCUUCAGAACAAAAUGAGGAGGUUCGAUCUGGAUUACUCUGGAGAGGAAGAGGAUGUCCGAGGAACGUGCCCUACUUCCUAUAAAAUAAUAGGUGCGAAGGAGACCAGUUUGCUCAUUGAGAAAACUAAAAAUUUAGAGGAGUGCAGCGACAGAACUAGCUUCCAAUCGAUCAUCCAAACAACGGAAUUACCCAAUGUACAACCGAGAACAAGAAGGGAAGACAUCGUGAAAUCGUCAAGCCGUUGCAUCGUUUCGAUCGACCACAGUAUCUAUAACGAAAUAAAUUGCGAGGAAAUUUUUAUUAUUGAGCCCUUCUCUAAUAACGCCGCAGGUGCCAGCACGACAGUCAUCCAAAAAUUGGUUUUAAGAGAAGAGGGCGAGCAAAAAAACGAACAAAAUGAGAUAUUAAAGAGAACGAAUUUAAAAUUCGACUAUUCAAUGCCUAAGCAACCGACAAAUGGAGAUUUGAAAACAACGAGGAAUUUAAUAAAGCAAUUAUGCAAGGAAAGUCCAGAGGAUUCUGAGGGCGGUUUUUCAGAUUUGUUCGGAAAGUUCAUUUAUGGCUUAAGAAGUUUAGCUUAUCCUGCCUUAUCUAGUUUUUACGCUCAUAGCAAGAUGACUUGUUCAAAUGCCAAGAAACAUAUAUUAGAUGCACUGCCUUAUGUAAACACCGCUGGGUCAGUGUCACUGAUAAAAGACAUCAUUAUAGCUGGAACUGUGCCUGAAAGUACUGUAAACGAUUGGAUGUUGUCGCUUGCAUUUAUAAGGAACCCGAACGAGGAUAUGAUGGAAUCGUCUCUAAUAAUUCUAAAGGAAAAACAAUUUUCCAGAACCGUUGCUCUAAGUGUGGCGUCGCUAACUCACACAUUCUGCAACCUGCAUUCCGAUUGUGGAAAUAGCGAAACGGUGCGCUCUAUAGUGGAACAUUUCGAAAAUUAUUUGCUGAAUCUGAUUGAAGUUAGCAACGAGAAAGAUAGUCGCGAUAAUAUAAUAGUGACACUGAAGGCGUUAUCUAGCAUCGGGCUGAUAUCCGAAUAUUUUGAAGAAAAACUUUUUAAACUCGUGGAGGACCCUAAUCUAGAUGUGGCUAUAAGAAUUGCGGCUGUUGAAACUUUCAGACGUCUACCUUGCGAGAAAAGCAGAAGUUAUUUCGAAAGUAUAUUUAAGGACCUGGAUCAAGAUAGCGAAGUUCGGAUAGCUGCAUAUCUUCAGGUGAUGAGGUGUCCCAGUUACAUGAUGCUCAGAGAUAUUGCAUCUAAUCUAAAGUACGAGGAAAUUAAUCAAGUUGGUGCAUUUGUAUGGUCCCACCUUAACAACAUUAUAAAAUCAGCCAACCCGUUAAAAGUAGAAGUUCAGAGUCUAUUAUCAGAGCCGGAUCUAGUUAAAAAGUUCAACACGGACAUCCGAAGAUUUUCACAUAAUAGAGAAGGGUCUUUAUAUUUCGACGAGUACAAUAUUGGUGGAAACUAUGAAAAUAAUAUUAUUUUUUCACCGUCAUCCUACAUACCGAGGACGGGCAUGUUAAAUCUUACAGUUGAUUUAUUUGAAAAAUCUGUCAACUUAUUUGAGGUUCAUGGAAGAAUGGAAGGUUUCGAACAGUAUUUGGAGUCGUUCAUUGGGCCUAAAGGAAAGGCCAACGUAAUCAAGGAGAAAAUGGAAGAAUACAAAUUAAGGUUUACCAGGCAACCUGACGAGAAUAGUUUGGUUGAAAGCAAAGUACAAGAGAUUGCCGAUAGUGUUAAUAAUGUCAAAUCGGAUCCUCGAGUUGCAUUUGGAAUUCGGGUGUUUGGAAAUGAUAUAAAAUAUGCCGCUUUCAAUGGAAUGCAUGAAAUUCAUCAAGGUCUUCAAACCUUCAACUUUUUUCAUCAUUUAAAGCAUAUUUUAUCUGGAAAGGAAAUUAAUUAUAAAAAAUCGUCGAUGUUCCUGGACAGCAAUUACAUAUUAGCAACAGGAGCUGGGUUGCCACUGUACUUAUCGGCUAUCGGUACUGGAGCAGUCAACAUAAAGCUAUUCGGUUCAUUAAAAGCUUCCGACUUCUCCAAACACAAAGAGCUCGACCUAGUGGCAAAUUUCGAACCGACAGCAUCAGUAGACAUUUCCGCCGAAAUGUCCUUAAAUAGCUUUUAUGCCACUACUGGAAUCAAAUUAAAGACCAACAUGCAAUCAUCUAUUGCUCUCAAAGGAGACGUGAAAAUAAGAGGCACUCGAUUGGUCAGCGUUAAAUUCAGUUUGCCAAAGAAGAACGCGAAAAUAUUUGGAGCAAGGUCCGAAGUUUUUGUCAAACAAAAUGACCUUGAAAUCCCUCAAACCGGACUAUCAAAGAAGACCGUUUCAAACUCGGUGUGCUCUUGGUCUGCAGUGUCCAACGCAAUUGGAUUAAAAUUAUGUUUAGAUUAUACUUAUCAAAACUCAACUAAUCUGUUACGAGCUCCAUACUAUGUGUUAUCUGGACCAGCUAACUUCCAGAUUUAUCUGGAAAAGUCUGACCCUACAGCUAACAUUUAUUUAUUCGAAUACAAAUCUGUUGAAGGACACGGUACUCGCGUGGUGUCCUUUACUUUUGAUACUCCAGAGUCGGCAGUUAAGAGACUCAUACAUGCGAAUAUUACCAUUGAUAGGACAACUCACAAUUUGACAAUGCUAAUGGAAUCCUCUUCGGGAAUUAUUCUAGCAAAAGGUAGAAUGAAAAAUACAGAGGAAGAGAAAUACUUACAAAUGACACUGGACAUAAACAACAUGAAACACUUGGAAACAGGCGUUGCUUAUGAAAGAAUUAACAAAGCCAAUGGAUACACAUAUAAACCAAAAAUAUUCCUAAGGGUAAAUGAGGAGAGCGUAAUGGAGCUUCAAGGCUCAGUGGACCUCAUAAGCAAAAGGGAUAUAGCACAAUACACUGUGGAUUUAAAAUUCAACACGAAACGUUUAGCAUCCAAACUUUUUGGUUAUAUAUCAAAAACUGAAUCGUCUGUUGGCACUGAUUUGCACUUGGAUUAUAAAUUCGUUGGUACAAAAGAAGAGAGGGUAUCUUUCAAAUUUAGCUUGGCAAACCGAUCGAGAAAAACCCUUGAUCGAUACAUCGGAACGUGUGAUGUUGAGUCAACAGCUUAUCCGAAUUUUAAUUUCAACACGAACGUUACAUUUCAGAAGAGCGGCAGUCACAUGGAAUUUAAAGUAGCCCUAAUUCAAUUUCCCGUACCUUUAAAUGAUCCAAACUUAGAUUUUGAGAGCCUGAAAUUCGAUUUUAUGUUUUCCCAUAAGGCAUUUACCGAUAGCAAACACACCAUUAAAGCACUUGCGACUGUUAGUCGGAAAUCAACUAAUUUAGACAUGAAAGGAACGAUUUUAUUCGAAACUAUUAACGCCGACCUCAACGUCGAAUGUAUUGUAAACUAUGGAAAUAACAAGCAAGUCGCUAUUACUGUAUUCUGGUCACAUCCACGAACAACAUUGGAGGAAAUUAAAGCUUAUAUUAAUAUUACAGUUCCAAAUUUUACUCCCAUGGUUAUAAAACUGGAUAUAAGUGAAAAACAAAGCAAAGACUACAGGAUUGAGGUCCGUGGGACUUGGUUCAGUGGACACAGUGCUCACGCAGUGGGCUCGUAUCAAGAUAAGAGCAAUUCUGCAUCAUCGAACCAUCAUGUAAAGUUAUUUAUUACAUCUCCAAACUUCAAAGACAUCAAUAGUGAUUUAAUAUUUUACAGGGAUAAUGAAGAAAUUAAAUUAGAUUUAAGGGCUAUUUAUGAUGAAAAGGAUUAUCAAAUUUUCUUAAACCAUAAUAAUACGUCAGAGGAGGAGAUGCAAACCAAUAUAAAAGUGAAAUAUAAGACGAAACUCUACACAUUAAAUUGCAUUGUUGAUACCGGAGACUAUUAUAAAAUUACUACGGAAAUCCAUAUUGAUCAAUUGCGAGAUAUAGAAUUUUCAGUUUGGAUUUUUAAUGAAGAAUUGGAAAAAGCGAUGGGUUUUGAUAUCAAUUGGGAUUCUAAUAGAGAUCCCAAUCAAAAACUCUUGGUUGCAGCCAAUUUUACCAAAGCAGCGGAUUUCAAUUACAACGCAGAUUUGAUUGUUAGCUAUCCGGGACGCACGAUUAUUGGAAAAUACCAGUUUUUGCUACAAAAGGGCCAUUUAGAUAUGCUAGCCACAGUCUCAUGGGAUGACGGCAAAUCGCUUUCUGUUAAUUUAAACGUCAUAUACAGAUACGAGAACGAAAUAUUUUUCGAAAUAUCUUCCAGACUUAACACUCCACUAGAUUCUUGGAAAAAUAUGAACCUCAUGGCCACGUUUGAACAUUUAAACAAAAAGUAUAGCUUGAAUGGACUUGUAACUUGGAACCCCCGACAAAAAAUUGUUUUUGAUAUCUUCGGUGAUCGUAUUUUAUAUCAAAAUUACACUAAUUAUAAGUACAGCUGUGCCUUGCAAAGUACAUUGGAUCGAAUCCCAAAUAUCAAUACAACGUUCUUCCAUGAAAAAAAUGAAAGCAAAUAUAAUACAAAUAUACAUUUAAUGUACAAUCCAAAAUUUGUAAUUGAUAUUGAGAGCCAAUGGUUACUGCAAGCAAACGAGAAUUCGUCACAAAUUAAUGGAACCGUUAGGACACUAACUCCAUUCGAGGGCAUAAAAAAGGUCACUUUUUUGAGUUCUUUUUAUUAUACCAACGAUAAACACCUUAGAGGGGUAGCAGAAGUCGAUAUGGAUCAUAAGAAGGUGCUGGUUGACAUGGAAGGCAAAUUCAAGUACUUAAUGGAUAGUAUGUUCACUGCCAAUUUGACAACUCCAGAAGAAAUGUAUCAAUGUCAGUUUAAGCUAUCAAAGAAAGAGCGACAUUUUGUUGCUCUCGUCACUUAUCCUGCAGGAGAUCUAGGCACAGAAUUGUUGUUAGUGUUCAAUGAUUUAACAGACUUCGAUGUGAAAUUUUUAUUAGCUACGCCUGUGGAAUUCCUUCAGAAACUUUUAGUUGUUGGAAAAUUGCAACCAGGGAAGGCAGACUUUCGGGUAGGCUGGAACCCGUUAUUGUUAGGAUUCUCCGGGGCAUGGCAUUAUGUAAAUAUCAUCGACUUUGAAUACUUAUACAAGAUUUACACACCGAUAAAAGAUUUUGAGGAGAAUGGCCUUGUCGGCAAACUAGUAGUCACAGAAGGUUUAGAUUUUGAAAUGUCUUUCAAAUUAUCUAAAUAUAAGGUCGGAGUGAAGGUAAUUGGGAAACCAAAACCGAAGCCAUUAAAGGAAUUAGGAAUUAAUAUGAAAAGCGUGUACAAUUCGAAGUCCGUUCACGGCACUAGCGAUAAAGAUGACGAACUUCUAAGUUGGGAAGGAUUAAUUGAACUAGAUGCAAUAAUAUACCCAACGAUGAAGGGUGAACUAGAGAUAGACCAGGAGGGGCCUUUGUAUGUCCUUCAGGCGAAAAUCCAUAUGCCAGAUGGCAUAGCUACCAUAUUAGAUGAAUUCGAAUACAUUGAUAUAUUAUCAAUGAGCAAUGGCCUAAAAAUUGUGACUCCCUAUAAAGCUUUGAAGACUAUAACUUCAGACUUUAAGCUACACGUUAUUCAAGGACAUACCUAUUUAUUUAAACUAGGUGUAAUAUAUCAGAAUGGCACGGACUUUAUCAAGACAGGAGUUUUAACAGAAUACAACUCAGACGGAAGGGAUAUUGACGAAAGAAUUUACAACGCCACUCUUGAAGUAAAUACCCCCUUUAAAGCUUUUCCAAAGUUGAAUUUGUUUGGGGCUUUUGAAACCGAGGAGAAUUUUUAUCGCACUAAGCUAUUAUUCAACACAAAUAGGAGCGAUAUAUCUUUGGACGCUACCAUAGAAGUAGAUGAAGGCUGGGCGAGUUUAAGCUCCGAGUUCCAUAUUAAGACACCUAUUAUCGUUAUCCCUCAGUGUCAAUUAAGCAUCGUAAAACUGCUAUCAUCAUCAGAAAACUACGUCGAAUUGCGACUCAAAGUUCCCGAAAACCUAAAGUCGGAAGUUUAUUUCAGAACUUCUUGGCUCAUCAAAUCUUUGGAUCAGUUUAAAACUACUUUCCAACUCGAAACUCCUUUCAUGGGUCUUGAAAACACUAGUGCCGGUGUGGAUUUCUUAUCUACAGACAUAAGAUCAACUUUGUUAGCUUCCGCUCACAUUAAACCUAUAGAUAUUGAACUUAAUUCCACGCUACAAGGGGAUGUUUUAACAGCUCAAUCAGUGUUACAACUUGAUACUAAGAGAUAUCCAGUGAAUGUGAAUUGCAAAAUCUUAGCACCGACUCCAAAUCAGCGUGAACUUGAAGGGACUUUAUUACUCGGAGAUAAACUAUACAAUAUAAAUGGAACCGCAAAUGUUAUAGGGAGCUUACCCGUAAAACUUUUAAUCACUUUUAUUCCAGAAGAUAAUAGCUUUCCUUUGACUUUUCAAUACGAUCUCGAGAAGACGUUAAAAGGCUACGAAUUAGUUGGUUUUCUAAAUUAUUCGAACAGAUUUACCCAUUUUAAGGGUGACGCCACGACAGACAAUAAAUUAUAUAACUGGAAUAUUAAUUUGCAGGUGGAACCUACGAAUCCUGCUCAAAAAAUGAAAGCAUCUAUUAACACAAAGUACCUCGAUAAGAUGACAAGUUUGGAUGUUGCACUUGCAACAAGUAUACCCAAUUUUGAAAAUCCCAAAUUUGGUCUUAGUCUAAACUCGCAAGAUGUUUUGAAGAGAGCCCGAGGUUAUUUUGAACUAACUCAAGUAAAGGGAAUGGCUGAUAUAGACUUUAUAUCGUUAUAUUUAGAAAAUAUGUUUGUGAAAGCCGUUGGAAGCUAUCAAAAUGCUCAUUACGUGAGCUCAUCGACCUUAGAAAUGUUUUAUAAAAAUCCGGAGAAAAAGUUCCAGCAGCUCGACACCGGUGGAGAUAUAAAAAUUGAUACACUAUGGGAAGCUGGUUCGAAUAUAUCUCUGAAACUACCCGGAAAAAACAACAUCGGAUUGGAAGGACAUUUAAAAAUACCAAACAAUUUUAAGGAAACCCACAGUUUAUUUGCUGAGCUCAAAUACACCGAUUAUUUGAAACUUAUUGAUUAUUUGCUGAAAUACAGAAGCUCUUAUCCAGUUAGAAAAUACGGAUCCUGGGCAAAGAUAAUACUGCCAAACAAGGAUGAUAUAUCGGUUGAUGCCGUUGUGGAGUGGAAUGGCGAAGAGUAUCGUAACGAUGGACACUUAAAAAAUCUUAACAAAUCGGUAGAGUUAAUAUACAAACUAAAAACACCAAAAUACUCACAAAAACAACUUUUUGUCGCUGACAUAAACUAUGAAAAAAUUGGGACACAUCACAAUAUAACAUGCAAAACAUUCUAUCCCGAGGAUGUAUCACUGGCACAUUUUACAAUAGAUUAUGUAGAAUUGGCAAAUAUGUUUGGCAUGUUUAACAUAUCAGUUCCGUACAAGAACUUUAAUUUCACAGGAGCGCAUUUUAAAGCAGAAACAACAGAGACCAUUUACAACCGAUAUAUCAAAGCGUUUUGGGCCAAUAGCACUGCACUUUUGGACAGUAAAUGUGACAUAAAAACGGGAACUCCUAUUACCGAUCGAAACUACAAAGGAAAUCUCUUACUUGAGUUGCCCCUGGCUACAAGACAUAUUGGAAUUGUCCACUAUGAAUAUGAUAAAAAGGCAGAGCUCAGCAUUGGUCGCGCUACGGUAGAUUAUAACGGCGAGAGCGUACUGGAUGGCAAGUAUAAUUGCCUGUCGAAAUCACGGGCGGGACUAAAGACGGACACAAUCCACGUCGAAUUACUGAACAAGAAAAUCCCCAUCGGCGCCGACUAUGUCCACAAGCAGGAAAGCGACAAACCAAGGGAUGGUUACAACGGUCCAACUGUGGAUAAUAAAUAUCUACAUUUGUAUCAUCUACAAAACCAGUCAAAGUUCAACGUAACUGGCGAAUUAAAUAUCAAGACUAAUUCUGAAGGUCAAGCAUAUACUUUGAGCGCCACUCAUCUGAACCGUACUGUGAUAUUUUCGAGUAGCUAUGCCACGUUACCUCGUGAAUACAGGCAUCAUUCUCGAUUAGAAUUGAGCCCUAAAAUAUGGAUUGCAUACGACCUAAGUGUUUUUAAUAGAACUACGAAUGACAUUUUUGACUCACAAAUGGCUCUCCUCAAUAUAUCAUAUCCUCGUCGAAACUUUACCAUGCAAGGUUCCUACAACGUCAGUGACUCAAUCGUUGAAACAGAUGUUCAACUUAUAUGGGGCAAUGACAGUAAAUCGGUGGAAGCAGCUUUGGAUUGGAGGCGAAUUGGAAUACAUAGAGAUCAACUAGAGCUUCUUCUUAAGCAUCCGUCUUUUGAAAAGGACGUUUCACUUUUAACAAUAUAUGGCUAUGGGAAUUCAUCAGUGGAUGGAGAAUUAAUUAUUGAUUAUUCUACAAAUCCGGACAGGACAGUGACUUUAAGAUUAGAAGCGACGGAUAAAUCAGAACGACAGACUUACAAUUACACUUACAAUAUUUCGGCUGAGCAAAAUGCAACAAAUUUAUAUCUCAAUUGGUUCGGCUAUGUAGACUGGAGCCCAGUAAAAUAUGGUAUGGCGCACGUUGCAGAUUAUAAAAGGUCGUAUUUAUCGAUGACUAGGUUUAUGACUUUUGCAAAAGUUGACCUUCUGAACAACGAGGCCGUAUUGGAAAAAGAUACUAUUUUAGGAAAAUCAUAUUUUUGUGGUAAAUAUGGGGGUAGUUUUCCUAUCUACACUGCCAACAUGACAACAUCUCAUGGAAUAAAUCACACGUCAGGAAAAUUUUAUGUAAACUUCGAAGACAAAUUGCUGUAUCUAAACGUUAAUUUGACAGAAGAUGGAACUCAGAGCUUACAUUCGUUUGGCGUAAUCCCUAAUGCUCGUAGUGUAAGAUUUGAUAUUUGGCGAGAUUAUGAAGACAAGAGAUUAACUGACCUAUCUUAUUAUCUAAAACUCAAUCAUUCAAGAUUAAUAAUGUCCAAACUAAGAUGGCGGCCUGAACUGAUAAGCGAUAUCCAGAGUCGAGUGAGAGCUAAAGCUUUAGAAUUAUAUUACGAGACUUUAGAAGAAGUAAAUAAUACGAGGCAAUUCAUCAGAGCACAAUUUGUUGAAUCAAUUGAUGAAAUUUGGCAUGACGCUAAACCCAUUGUGAAGCAGUAUUUAAUCGAUUUAAGGAACUUAACAGUGAUCGAAGAAGAUUUCGACUAUUUAAAACAGUUUUUCAACACAUCAUACCACAACAAUGAAUUUUAUAUAAAAGACAUAUUCACCGUUGUCAUCAAAUUAUUUGAUGAACUGUCUUUAAAGUCUCACCUUCAGUCUUUGCCAAAAAUAAUUCAAGAAUUGUCUACUAUAAUGGGCGCUUCAGGCAAGAAUAUCAAAGAAAGUAUUACCUUUGUAAUUGAAAAGAUUAAGCUGUACUAUGCCAAUACUACGCAAUUUAUACAUGACCUGAUAAAUGGGGAUCCUGUAAAACAUUUGACGAGCAUUUUAGAAAAAGUUGUUAAUAAAUACGAUGACUUUAUAAAGAAUAUGCACGUAACCGUGCUACAAUACAUGGAGAAAUUGUGGUCAGAAACAUAUAAUAUGGUAGUGGAAAACUGGUACCAAACACUAGCAGCUUUAGAACCUACAUUUUUAAAAUUUGUUCAUUACGUUGAAACAAUUGUUUGGACAACGGGAAAAGACUUUUUAGAUUUUCUCUACAUUCGCAAGAAUAAAAUAAUUGAAUCCGCGUAUUUCAUGGAGUUUUCAAAAUUUUCCCGCGAUGUAGAUAAAUUCUACAGGGAUAUUACUGGAAAUAAUACCAUAGAAGCGAUUUAUAAAUACAGCAAUAUAGCUUGGAAUUUUUUAAAUGAAAAAUACAUUAAUCAUGUGCCUUUCGGCAAGGAACUGAAGGCAAUUGUGUUGGAGAUUUGGGCCGAGUUCAAACAACUUGCCGAGGUGCCUUCCAUUAAAUAUGUUAUCGACAAAUACUAUGAAACAUUAAGCACCGUUAAAUAUUAUUACAAAUACUUUGAAGUUGAGUUUCGGGUACAUCGAUUCAUUAGGUUUGUGUACCGAAAAUUAGCUGAGAUAAGCGUAACCGCUUUGGAAAUGGAGAACAGGCAAAGGGAAGCUAAAACUAAAUUUAUCUAUGACCCGAACGAAGGCAUUAUGUUGAUGGAACAAAAGCUUCCGAUGUCAUGGCAUGCAUUUAAUGAAACACCUUUAUUUCAGGAAAUACCCGAAAUUAAACUAUUUUACGAUGUUUACAAGUAUUUGUCAACAUCAGAGGCAUCAUUUUGGAGUUUUUAUUACGACUAUAAGCCUUACACCGAUCCUACAGAAUGGUUGCCGCCAUUUAAAGGUUAUGCCAUGCUGAUGGGUGGAAAGUAUUACGCGACAUUUGACAAAAAACAUUACGAAUUUAGGGGGAGCUGCACCUAUCUGUUGGCCACCGAUUUUAUCGACCGCAAUUUCACGCUAGUUGUGUCUUACGACAAAACAGGCGAUCCAAAUGAGCUGGUCGUUUUCAUAAAUAAAAUAUCGGUUCACUUAAAUCUCUUAAAAGACACCAUUUUAAUUCUUUCGGUUAACACCGCAUCUACAAAAUUACCUGUUGAAAUUGCCGGCAACUAUAUUUACAGAGAAGCUGAUAUAGUGACAUUAGAAAAUACAGGAUUUGCAUUAAAGUGCAAUAUGAGACUACAAAUAUGUGUCUUUGACAUAUCCGGCUGGCACUUUGCUAGAACAGCGGGCUUAUGGGGCUCGUAUAACAAUGAACCUUAUGAUGACUUGCAGACUUUAAACCGUAGUAAAGUAAUAUCAAACGAUUUAUCAGUAUUUGGAGAUAGUUGGUCAGUUAACAACAAUUGUAAAACAGCGAGUAUGCCUAAAACGAACUUACAAACACCGAUACCUGAAAUAGAAAAAUUGUGCAAUGAAUUGUUUAGAAGCAAAAUUUCCGAUUUGAGUACUUGUUUUGCCAGGGUACCUAAAAACAACUAUUUGGACAUGUGUAUGAACAGUUCAAACAUUAAAGAAGCUUGCAGAAGCGCUGUUAGUUAUAUCGAGGUAUGUAGUCGAGAGAAUACCCCAUUACACAUACCAGAUUCUUGCAUAAGAUGCAACUUAUUAAACGGGACGGAAAUUAUGGAAGGAGAAUUCGUAAGAUUGCAAGGCUCCGCUGUGCCACGAAUGGCAGAUAUAGUUUUUAUAGUCGAGGCUAAGGAUUGUAAUAAAGACCUAAAGAAUCAUAAAAACUUUAAUAUUUUGGUUGAGUCAAUAAACCACGAACUUUCUGAGCUGAACGUAACCAAGAACAGAUAUGCUGUUGUUGUUUUUGGCGGAAAUGGCAUUUACAAUGCUCCCCGAAGUGUGAUAAUAAAUUCAGAGACUUUCACGGAUUCCCACUCGGUUCUAGAUUAUAUUGAUAAAAUUCCAGUUGGUAACGGAAAUUCCGACAUAUACAGAGCUAUUAUGUUUGCUAAUAAAUUGGUGUUUAGACCCGGAGCAUCCAGAAAUUUCGUAUUAUUUCCAUGUUCCGAAUGUCAAGAACACAAUAUGGAGUUCGAUCACCUAACAAUACAGCAAGUGCUCUUUGAAAAUGCCGUUUCCCUCCACAUCAUGAUGAAGAACUCGUUUAACCUUCAAGGGGAAAGAAAAAAAGAAAACAAGAUACCGUUCGGUGUUGACACAAACAAGGCCUACACUAAAAAAGAUAUAAAGAAGCUCGACGGGGACCUAGUAUUAAGAAAUUCAAUCAGGUUCCCGAAAUCAGCGUGUUUUUCACUGGCCUUAGAAACAAACGGGUCGAUCUUCAGUUCCAGACAUCUCGAGUUGGAGAAGAACGCUAAGAAAUUUGCAACUGUUUUUGCAAAGAGAUUAGCUUAUUCGGCAGUACCUAAGGAUUGUACUGAUUGCGAGUGUACUUCACAUGCCAACGGAAUUUCCUUUAUAGAAUGUUAUCCUUGCACAUAUCCAAGAACAAACAUCGAGCAUUACAGUUACAACGACGACGAGGAUCUUCUUUAGGCAGUAAAUGUGUAUUAUUUAAAUAACUGUAUAGUAAGUCAUAUUUAAGUUGUUAUAAAUUGUACAUUUUAAAUAAUUUUAAUUAAAUUCAAAAGUUUUUUUAACUAU